AGUGUUAUAUAGAGAAUGUGCACAGAUUCACCUGACUUUGCUCUUGUUCUUGUUCUGAAUAAUAAAUAUGACUGGAAACCUUUUCAGAAAUAUAAAGAAUGCAGAGCCUGUGUACAACAUCCCUCCAAGUUUCAAGAAUACUUUGAGAUUUUUUACGCAUACAGAAAGUUUUCAUUAUUUUUUGCAACCUCUUUGCAGUUGGAAGUCACAUGUUCGAGAAAAUUAGGGAAAAUGUCAAAAAUAUCAGGUGGAACAGUUGUUGAACUAGAUGGAGAUGAAAUGACCAGAGUGAUAUGGGACAUGAUCAAGACCAAUCUUAUUUUCCCACAUGUUGAUUUGGACAUUAAAAGAUACGAUCUUGGUAUUGAAAGCAGAGAUAAGACAGAUGAUAAAAUAACAAUCGAAGCAGCUGAUGCAAUUAAGAAGUACAAUGUAGGAAUCAAGUGUGCAACAAUAACACCUGAUGAAAAGAGAGUUGAAGAAUUUAAAUUAAAGAAAAUGUGGAAAUCUCCCAAUGGAACUAUUCGUAACAUUCUCGGCGGGACUGUUUUUCGUGAAGCAAUUAUUUGCAAGAACAUUCCGAAACUUGUGCCAGGGUGGACAAAACCAAUUGUAAUAGGACGUCAUGCUCAUGCUGAUCAGUACAAAGCCACUGAUUUUGUUGUUCCUGGUGCUGGCAAACUUGAAAUGAAAUUUACACCCACUGAUCCUAAUCAAAAACCAAUUGAAUAUGUCAUUCAUGAUUUUAAUGCAGCAGGUGUGGCCAUGGGAAUGUACAAUACUGAUAAGUCGAUUCGUGAUUUCGCCCACAGCUCCUUUACUUGUGCUCUUCGAAAGAAUUAUCCACUUUAUCUCAGCACUAAGAAUACCAUCUUGAAAAAGUAUGAUGGCAGAUUUAAAGAUAUAUUUCAAGAAAUCUAUGAAAAAGAAUACAAAGCAAAAUUUGAAGCUGCUGGAAUAUGGUAUGAGCACCGUUUGAUUGAUGAUAUGGUUGCUUACGCGUUGAAAGUUGAUGGUGGUUUUGUUUGGGCAUGUAAAAACUAUGAUGGUGACGUACAAUCGGAUUCCAUUGCUCAAGGAUAUGGUUCACUCGGCAUGAUGACCAGUGUUUUGUUGUGUCCGGAUGGCAAAACAAUUGAAGCAGAAGCGGCGCAUGGUACAGUCACUAGACAUUACCGAAUGCAUCAACAAGGGAAAGAAACUUCCACAAAUUCAGUUGCAUCAAUAUUUGCAUGGACCCGUGGACUUGCUCACAGAGGAAAGUUAGAUGGCAAUGAAAGACUUAUCCAUUUUGCAGAGACGCUAGAAAAAGUUUGUGUCGAGACUAUCGAAGCUGGUCAUAUGACGAAAGAUUUAGCAAUUUGUGUGAAAGGCCUUGCCAACUGCAUAAAACAGAAAAUGAACUUCAAAAAUAUUCUUUCUCUCUCCUUACUUCUCUCUAUUUUACAAAUGUUUGCAAAGUUCGUAUCAAGUGAUGAAGCUGCUGGUGAAAAAAAAGAAGACCCUCUAAAAUUUGCAAAGGAUACUGGCCAUAUUAAAGAGCAUCUGAUGGAAACUUAUGGAUUCAACACAGAGCAAGCAGAAAAAUAUUUAAAAGAAUACGAUGCACAGACGCAAUUUUUUGUAAUGCAUGACUAUGACAACAACACCAAAUUAGAUGGAUUAGAAUUAUUGAAAUCAAUGACACAUUUUCACGAUGAGCAUGAUGAAGGUCAUGCAGAGAAGAAAGAAGAUCCGCAAGACAACACAGACACGUUAGUCGAGUUUGUCGACAUGAUUUUAAAAGACCAAGAUUACAACAAAGAUGGAUACAUUGAUUAUCCAGAAUAUAUUAGUUACUACACCAAAUUCGAAAAUGAAGAUGGGAAAGCAGAAAGAAGUAAAACUGAGUAGACCAAAAUAAUAUUCCAGUAAAUUUGCCGUUUUAAAUUAUUGAAUUAUCGUGUGACAAUACAUCGAUACUACACGAUACGAUAAGCUAAGCUAGGGAUUAUUUUUUUCGCUACGAUUUUGAGAUGGAUCGUAGGGUAUCAGUAUUACUGUGUUCUGUAACUUCGCGUUUUCUUUUUGUCUUUAAACUUUUUUCACCUAAAGAAAAUUAUAUAUUUAAGGAAUUAUAGUCUUGAAAGUUUCAAAUACGUUGUAUUAAAAGAACGAGCUGGUAAUGAACGCGAAAUAAAAGAAUGUGAAUGUUUGUAUUGCCAUAGAGAACGCCAGACUAACUUGCAAGAAAAUCAUUUUCUUCCAUAAUCUUAUCUUCUAAAAUAUAAGUUGAAGUCGACAAUUUUAAUAAGAUUUUUUUUCUAUGUAUUGUUUGAAUUAGUAUAAAGUCAAACGUCUAGAAUAUAUAAAAAAAACAAAUAUACAUUUUUUUUCCACCGAAAAUAUUUUUACCAACAAUUGUGUAUCCCUCGCUGAUUCAAUAUUAAUUUCCUGAAAAGCUUAGGGCUCCUUAACUUCUUUUUUUUCUAAUCAAACAUCAUUCUCCCUAUUAAUAUUAGCAGGACUGUAAAUUCUUGUUCUUUAAUUGGGGAUCUCUUUGUGGUGAAACAGUCCUCAACAAAGUAAGUAAUCGAUUCUGGUGCAUAACUUUGUCGAUGCACAAAUUUGAACAAUUGUAAAAAAAAUUUCGCAAAAGUAAAUUUUUGCAAAUUUUCGCGGUCGGUUUGUAAUUUUUUUUUGCGGCAAUUUAGUUUUCGCUGAAAUUAGUUUCCCUACGUUACAAUAAAAACUAAGCAUUUAAAUUUCCAUAUGCGUAUUCUAUUUUGAUACAAAAAAUGUAACUGCAUAUAUGGCAUGGAUAUGUUUGAUAAAUAUUUUUAUUACGUGAAGACGCUAUUAAAGAAGAAAGCAAUAACGAAGA